GACGACAACUCCAUGUUCUUUCAGUUCGGCCCCUCCAUCGAGCAGCAGGCCUCGGUCAUACUCAACAUCAUGGAGGAAUACGACUGGUACAUCUUCUCCAUCGUCACCACCUACUACCCGGGCUACCAGGACUUUGUCACCAAGAUCCGCAGCACGGUGGAGAACAGCUUCGUGGGCUGGGAGCUGGAGGAAGUGAUAUUACUCGACAUGACCGUGGACGACGGAGAUUCCAAGAUCCAGAACCAGCUGAAGAAGCUGCAGAGCCCGGUCAUUCUGCUCUACUGCACAAAGGAGGAGGCCAACACCAUCUUCGAGGUGUCCCACUCGGUCGGGAUCACCGGCUACGGCUACACGUGGAUCUCUCCCUCCCUGGUAGCUGGAGACACCAUCGUGGUGCCGACGGAGUUCCCCAUAGGUCUUCUCUCCGUGUCCUACGACGAGUGGGACUACGGCCUCGAGGCCCGAGUCCGCGACGGCGUGGCGAUCAUCACGAUGGCGACCUCCACCAUGAUGAUGGACCGCGGACCCCACACCCUGCUGAAGUCCGAGUGCCACGGAACCCCUGAAAAGAAGACCACCAGCUCAGGCAACCCCAACGAAGUGCUCAGGUACCUGAUGAAUGUGACGUUCGAGGGACGUAAUCUGUCCUUCAGCGAGGACGGAUACCAGAUGCACCCCAAGCUGGUCAUCAUCCUGCUCAACAAGGACAGACAGUGGGACCGGGUGGGCAAAUGGGAGAACGGCUCCCUGUCCAUGAAGUACCAUGUGUGGCCUCGCUAUGAACUCUAUGGGGGGGCAGCGACCAGGGAGGACGACCACCUGUCCAUCGUGACACUGGAGGAGGCUCCGUUCGUCAUCGUGGAAGACGUGGAUCCGCUGAGCGGGACCUGCAUGAGGAACACGGUGCCCUGCCGGAAGCAGAUCAAGACACUUAACCAGACGAAGGACUCGGGGAUCUACAUCAAGCGCUGCUGUAAAGGUUUCUGCAUCGACAUCUUGAAGAAGAUCGCGAAGACGGUGAAGUUCACCUACGACCUUUACCUGGUCACCAACGGCAAACAUGGCAAGAAGAUCAAUGGGACGUGGAACGGCAUGGUGGGGGAGGUGGUGCUAAAAAACGCGCACAUGGCCGUGGGCUCCUUGACCAUCAACGAGGAGAGGUCAGAGGUCAUCGACUUCUCCGUCCCCUUCAUCGAGACGGGCAUCAGUGUGAUGGUGUCCCGGAGCAAUGGCACUGUGUCGCCCUCGGCCUUCUUAGAGCCCUUCAGUGCGGAUGUGUGGGUGAUGAUGUUUGUGAUGCUGUUGCUGGUGUCAGCAAUGGCUGUGUUUAUAUUCGAGUACUUCAGCCCUGUGGGCUACAACCGCUGUCUGGCUGACGGCAGAGAGCCUCACGGUCCAUCCUUCACCAUCGGUAAGGCCAUCUGGCUGCUCUGGGGUCUGGUCUUCAACAACUCCGUGCCCGUGCAGAACCCCAAAGGCACCACCAGUAAGAUCAUGGUGUCGGUGUGGGCCUUCUUCGCUGUCAUCUUCCUGGCCUCCUACACUGCCAACCUGGCCGCCUUCAUGAUCCAGGAGGAGUACGUGGACCAGGUGACCGGUCUGUCGGAUAAAAAGUUCCAGAGCCCCAACGACUUCUCGCCCCCGUUCCGGUUCGGCACCGUCCCGAACGGGAGCACGGAGAGGAACAUCAGGAACAACUAUCCCGAGAUGCACGGCUACAUGACCAAGUUCCACCAGAAGAACGUGAACGAGGCCCUGGGCAGUCUGAAGGCUGGCAAACUAGACGCUUUCAUUUAUGACGCGGCCGUGCUCAACUACAUGGCCGGCAGGGACGAGGGCUGCAAGCUGGUGACCAUCGGCAGCGGCUACAUCUUCGCCACCACGGGGUACGGCAUCGCCAUCCAGAAGGAGUCGCUGUGGAAGAGACACGUGGACCUGGCCAUCCUGCAGCUGUUUGGAGACGGUGAGAUGGAGGAGCUGGAGUCCCUCUGGCUGACGGGGAUCUGCCACCACGAGAAGAACGAGGUGAUGUCCAGCCAGCUGGACGUGGACAACAUGGCCGGCGUCUUCUACAUGCUCGGUGCCGCCAUGGCUCUGUCGCUCAUCACCUUCAUCUGCGAGCACUGGUUCUACUGGCAGCUUCGCUUCUGCUUCAUGGGCGUCUGCACCGGCCAGCCCGGCUUCGUCUUCAGCAUCAGCAGGGGCAUCUGGAGCUGCAUCCACGGCGUGCAGAUCGAGGAGAAGAGCAGCUCGGCCCUGAACUCCCCAUCCGCCACCAUGAACAACACCCAUUCCAACAUUAUGCGCCUCUUACGCACCGCCAAGAACAUGGCCUCCCUGUCGGGGGUGAACGGCUCACCACACAGUGCCCUGGACUUCAUCCGUCGAGAAUCUUCUGUCUAUGACAUCUCGGAGCACCGGCGCAGCUUGGCCGGCCACUCGGACUGCAAGCCUCCUUACCUGCCGGACGACAACAUGUUCAGUGACUACAUCAGUGAGGUGGAGAGGACGUUUGGCAACCUCCACCUGAAGGACAGCAACCUGUACCAGGACCACUACCUGCACCAUCACGGCUCAACGCUGGGGCUCAGCGGACCUCCUCCCAACAGGCCUCAGAGUUUGGGAAGUGCGAGUUCACUGGAGGGCGGCAUGUUCGACUGUGACAGCCUGGGUGGUGGGGUGGCUCCUAUUUUCUCAACCCAGCCCUGUUCCGCACUGACUCACAGGAACAUGAGCAAGUUUGACCUCCUGUCUGGACAGACUCCCCCCUCAGGCCAGAGCUUCAAGGGGGGCCUGCCAGACGUGUAUGGUAAAUUCUCUUUUAAAGGAGGUGCCUCAAGUUCCACCUUCAUCCCUGGGCACGGCUAUUGUCCCACGAGAGGAGAGGAAGAUGGGAAUAUACGCUCGGAUGUCUCGGACAUUUCCACGCACACCGUAACGUACGGGAACCUGGAGGGCAACGCCAAGAAGCGCAAGAAGUAUCGCGAUAGCCUGAAAAAGAGGCCGGCCUCUGCAAAGUCCAGACGGGAGCUGGACGAGAUCGAGCUGGGCUACAGGAGGAAACCCUACCACAUCAGCCACCACCACUACCACGGCCACCGCUCAGCCUCACCGCCUCUUUUGCCCCCUGAACGCAAAAGAGGAGGUGGUGGAAACAAUGAUGGGAACUAUCAUGUCUUCAGAGAGAAGGAGAGCGUGAGGGAUUUCUAUUUGGACCAGUUUCGGCCAAAAGAAGGCGUCCCUCAGUGGGAACAUGUGGACCUGACAGAGGGCCCUGGGAAUAGAGAUGGGGUUGUGGGGCCCUGUACCACACUGGUCCCGGUGGAUGACUUCCUUAAGAGCAAACCCAAAAAGGUUGAUUCUAAGAGUGGGGGAGGAUCUGGAUUGGCAGGGGGAGAGUGGGAGUGCAGGAACUGUCGGGCCAGCGGGGUAGGAGGGGGCAAGCAGAUGUCCAUGCAUGGAGGAGGGGGUGGUGGCGGGUACGGUGGUGGCAUAAGCUGCGGGUCCUCGGGAGGCGGCGGAAACAGCCGCCCCAGUUCGGCGACCUGCAUGCGCUGCGAGGGCUGUAAAAAGACAGGAAACCUCUAUGAUAUCAGCGAGGACAACAACCACCUCUUGGAACAGAUGGGGGGAGGUGGGGGAGGAGGUAUGGUUGCAGGCCCUCAGACUCAAUCUCAGGCCCAGCAGAGGAGGAAGAGCGGAGGAUUGGGCAAGCCGCUCCGGCGGCAGCACUCGUACGAUGCGUUUGUCGACCUUCAGAAAGAGGAGUCGGGUGGGAUGGGGAGUUUGAUGGGUCUAGGAGGCGGUGGAGGGAUGGGUGGGCCAGGCAUGGGAGGGAUGCUGCCUCCACCCAGGAGUGUCAGCUUGAAGGAGAAAGAACGCUACAUGGAGGGCACCAGCCCCUUCGCACACAUAUUUGAGCGGCACGGGGGCUCGGAGAGAGAACGGGAAAGAGACAGGGACCCGCUGUUUUAUGGCGGUGAGAGCCGGAAAGGAACCAGCUCACCGUUCGGCUUGUUCCGAGGCGGCGACGGCCUCCACCGCCGCUCCAUCGGAGAGAGAGACACGAGAGACAGGGAUAGGUCUCUGAUGGAAGGAGGAGGCGGGGGAGGGUUCUCUUUAUCCAAAUCUCUUUACCCCGACCGGGUAAACCAAAACCCCUUUAUACCCACCUUUGGGGACGACCAGUGUCUGAUGCACGGAGCCAAACAAUAUUACAUGAAAAAGCAACAGCAGCAGCAGCAACAACAAGUUGCCAAAAACAGCCGAAGUGACUUCAGGACCCAGAUGAGCACGACGUCAUACCUGCCAGCGUCUGCCACGGCCGGGGUGGUCUCCAAUGUGGCCCCCCGGUUCCCAAAGGAGCUCAGCCUCGGUGGGAUGAACCACCACGGCUCCAUGCUGGGGGUCGGCCCCCCGCGGCAAUUCAACGGAAGCAAUGGCCAUGUGUACGAGAAACUCUCCAGCAUUGAGUCUGACGUGUGAGCGAGAAAAUGGAGGGGGGAGAGCAGGUUAAGAGAGACAGAAUGGGGAGAGGGUGUCAGGAGAUCAGGGAUGAUUUCAAAGACGCUGUUCGCACACGGCAAACCUGAGACGGAGGAGGACACGACCGUGAGAUCUGGGUAAAACAAUCAGGACUCCCUGAGGAGGUGUGGAACGUAAACCCCUUUCUCAGAAAUGGCCAAAGCUUCUUUACUUGACGAGUAACUGUCCCCCUCAAAACACUAGAGUCCAUCAAACCCUCCACCGGCGCGGCAGAAGUCACUGUACUCAGUACUGGGAUGACACCUCAUCUUGGUUUGAUACUGGACAUGUGUGGCCUGGUGCGAUGUGAUGGCCGCCGGAGAGCUCCCGCCGAGCGCUGGUGAGGAAGGACUGCGAGAGCGGAGAGAGAGAGAGGCGAGCCGCCCAUCUGCCCCUGUGUCACCACAGAAAGGAGACGUUGUCACUCUCUCUCUCUCUCUCUCUCUUUCUCUCUGUGGAAGGCCUGUCCAUCUCUCUCCUCGUCCUCCGCUCGCUCCUCUUCUCUCCGGCCGCCGCUCCUCCUCCUCAUCCCUGACGCCAAAAGAGCCGAUCUUGUUUGCUAUGAGAAAUACAAUCAUAAAUGGUAAUAACAUAUUCUUAUAGAAGACAAAAAAAAACAGGGUAUCAGAACAACAAUAAUAUUGAUAACGUUGUGAAUAACAAAGAUGUUAGUAUUUAUGAAGAUAACACAGCUUAUGAUAUCACUAAGUUUCUUUUUUUCUGUUUCAUGUUCUGUUGGUAGAAGAUUUCACUCCUGUGUUAGUAUCUGUCGUUGUGUUCUGUGACAGCGGGAAAGUCGUUCCCUCCUUCAACCAACAAGCCAGAAAGACUGAGUCCUUAACUCCUCAUUUGAUUUAUUGAUUUCCUUUCUGUAGAAUAUUUUUGCUUCAUGCUCAUUCAUUUAUUUGCUCCUCGUGGGGAAAGAAGACGGGAUCUGGAGGACACGUUUGGACCUGACAGAUCCUGACUUGAUGUUUCAAGACGUUACAAAUCAAGUGCACACACACACACACACACACACACAAACUUUAACACACAUUUUUUUGGGUGAGUCUGAACUUGUGUUACUGUGAACAACACGUUUCGUCACAAGCUGAAGACACUGAGCGGAAGGACGUGCCUUAAUGGUCUCCAGUGGAUGUGUCCUCCAGUUCACACGCGGCGGCACCGGGACGGACCAGCGUGCUUUGAGGCUGCGGCGGCGGCGGCUGCUGCGUUCUCUUCACGUUUAUGAGCCAAACUGCAGUAGACACUUACAGCAGGCUGGAGACGCUGCCGUCGAGAUGUUUUAUAACUUCGUAAAAUAAUUUCCUAUGUCAACGUAUGGGCAGUGCUUUAUGAAGCGGUUGUAUUCAGGAUGUCCCACUGUCACGGAGAGGCCGACGGGUCUCACUUCACAACACGGCAGCCUUUAGACCACUUCUUUUAUUCAGGUUACAUAACAACAGUCACCAGGCACUUACUUGUUUUGGCCUCUCACUAGUAUCUUGGCAGACGGCAUCACUCUUCACUCACGGAAAGCUUUGCUCAGACUAUAUAUGCACUGUUCUUUAUGUCGGCGAAAAUGCUACGAAACUUGUAGGAGAGGAAUUGUCCCCCCCCCGUGACAAUGACGCUGGGACAAGCUCGAGCCAAGGAGGAUGUCUAUUUGAGAGGGAGGGGCCUCUCGAACGCCGUGCGUGGCGUCAUCAGGAGAGGCGGCCAUCUUGUGACAACCUUUUUCAGGCACUUUGACUUAUCGUCUUUUAAGAUGGAGAGGCCUCAUUUAUUGCACAGGACCUUUUCCUCGGUGUGGGUUCAGGCACUCGGUAGACAUGCCUUAUCAUCC